CUUCGUCGAGGAGAUGGCACAACAGAGGGUUAUGAGGCAAUUUGGUCUUCUGCAGUUGGAGCUACCUCCCCCUAUAGAGAACCCGGUGCCAGCACACAUCCACAGGACGACAAGGAAGGGCAUGAACAUGACAACUGCUGACUGGCUAGUUAGACUAGAGCCGUAUGUUAUAGAAUGGGAGACAACAAACACAAAUCUAUGGCACGAGAAUCACAAUUUCGAUCUCGAUGAAUUCAAUCUCUAUUUGCGGCGCUACAUGACCGGAACACGGUUACGCAUUGUUCAGUACUCCCACCCAGAGGAGAUACCGGAUCCUACUCCGUCGGAUAUGUACCCGAGCUAUGAUACUUCGGGCUCUAGGCAGUACGCGGCUACCUUGACACGCGAACUCUACGACGACGUGACCACCUUUGGACGAUCACUAUCGUGUGGACCUCUUCUUCAUCAUCGUCCAGUGGUACAGCCUUCUUGGAAAGAAUUCAGAAUAAUAUACAAACUGUGUACGAGGCUAUCACGUGCACCCGGAGAACCGAUGUUGUUCAGCACCAGCAGGAGCAGCCGCGUCACUCCAUGCACCGACAUCAACCACGUCCACGUCUAGCACAUCAGCCGACAACCAGGCCACCCCGUCCUGACCAACCUGGCAGUUCUACGUGGCACCCGCAGCACUAUGGUCCCACGUCGAGCUUCGUGUUUUCUCCACAGCCACAGCAACAUGGUCCCUCGUCGAGCUUCGUGUUAUCUCCACAGCCACAGCAGCACGGUCCCUCGUCCAGUUUCGUGUUUGAGCCAGAGCAGACGUCACACCCAGCAGG